AGACCAGGCUCCACUCUUAAUGACAGAGCAGAAAAAAAAGGCCCCACGCCGGGGACGAAGCCCGUAGGCCAUGGAGGAGAGGGUGUGAGGAUCUCCCACCUCUAGGACUUCGGGUGCUGGGCAGCGCUCGUGUCGCUUUCUCACCCUCCAGGAGAGUAAAGCCUUGCGAGCAGUGCUGAGUAAGGGUGAGACAAGGAAAGACGCCUGCAUGAAGACUGAGCUGCUGAAAGAUAUCACCAACAACAAAGAGGAAGGGUUUAAUGCCAUGGCUGCAGAUGAAAGUGCUACAGAAAAGCAAACGGGGGAACCAAAAAUGGCAGUAGAUGGUGAAACCAACGGUUCCUGUGAGCUCAGCGAAGCUGGUAACCACCCAACCCCAGCUAAAAACACUCAGGACAAUACGAAAGUGAGCCAGCAGGACUCGAGCACUAAAUUAAAUAGGAUAGCAGAAAAUGGCAUUUCUGAACGAGAUGGUGACACUGGGAAGCAAAACCAUCUGAAAGCUAAUGACUUCACACAGACUUCUGUAACAGGGAGCAAUGGAUAUAUUCUAACCAAGCAGGUGGCACAGGAGCAACCUCUAAGGACUACCAGCACUUUUGCUUCUCUCACCGGCCAUGCUGCAAAAACCCUUCCAGGAGGAGCAAGCAAAGGGAGAACUGUGGGCUCCUUUUCCCAGAUGCAAGGCACCAUGCCAACCAAGCUUGGGGAGGGCAGUAAGGACAUGGAUGCUAAAAAAGCCACCGCUGCUAACACUGAAGUCAAGGUCCACAGAGCACGGAAGACAAUGCCUAAACCCACCCCCAGCCUGGAGUUUCUUCCUGAAUUCGGAUCGAAGCUGAAUCUGAAACAGCAUGCAAGUAAAGACCCCAAAGAUGGGAGAGACAGCAGAGAUCAAAAAGAAUCCAAGGAGGAAGGCAACAAAAGUAUCCUGGAGUUUGGGAAGCCGUUGCCGUUGCCCUCUCUCCCGGCCCUUCACCAGUCACUACCUCAGAACCAGAGCUAUGUGGCCACCACAAAGGCACAGACAGCUGCUGCAGUAUCUCGGAAGAAAAAACGGAGAAUGGGAACCUAUAGCCUGGUUCCCAAGAAAAAGACCAAAGUGUUAAAACAGAGAACAAUGAUUGAGAUGUUUAAGACCAUAACUCAUUCCUCUGUGGGUGCCAAGAGUGAAAAGGACCUGGGUGAUGCCAGCCCUCACAUGAACGGGGAAAGCAUGGAUGUAGACUCUGAAGAGGAAGACUCUGAUGAGAUGGAUGAAGAGGAUGAUCAUGGAGCAGAGCAGGCAGCUGUGUUUCCUGCAGAUGAUAACAGGACCUCUAAGGACAGCGCAUCCGACGCAGACAACGCCAGAAAGAUUGAUGAUGGUGAGUCUGAGGAGGAACAAGAGUCUGGAGAGUCUGGGGAGGAGGAGGAAGACGGAGAUGAGUCUGACUUGAGCUCGGGGUCCAGCAUCAAGAAGAAGCUGCUGAAGAGGAAAGGGAAGACAGACAGUCCGUGGCUGAAACCCACCCGCAAGAGGAGACGGAGGAAUAAAAAGAAACAAGCCAGUGUACUAGGUGCCGAAGCCUAUAAAGCAUCUCUGGGAGGCAGAGAGGGCCCUGGCCAGGAGAACAGCAUGGAGUACAUGGAGGUGUCCCUGGACUCCCUGGACCUGCGGGUGAAGGGAAUCCUCUCCUCGCCGGCCGGAGGUCUUUCCAAUGGUCCUGAAGCAAUGGAAGUAGAUGGUCUCCAUGAAGUUCCCCUCUGCAGCUGUCGAAUGGAAACCCCCAAAAGCAGAGAGAUCACCACGUUAGCCAACAACCAGUGCAUGGCCACGGAGAGUGUGGAUAACGAGCUGGGCCGAUGCACAAACAGUGUGGUUAAGUAUGAACUGAUGCGCCCGUCUAACAAAGUCCAGCUUUUGGUGCUGUGUGAGGACCAUAGAGGGAGGAUGGUGAAACACCAGUGUUGCCCUGGCUGUGGAUACUUUUGCACUGCAGGCACUUUCAUGGAGUGUCAGCCUGAGAGCAGCAUCUCCCACCGUUUCCACAAGAACUGUGCCUCCCAGGUCAACAACAUGAGCUACUGCCCACACUGCGGGGAAGAGGCCUCCAAGGCAAAGGAGGUAACAAUAGCGAAGGCAGACACGACCUCGACGGUGUCACUGACCUAUGAGCAGCAGAAACCAGCAGCUGUGGAGGGAAGGGCCGACACCACGAUGGGGAGUGGCUCUGGGAUGCGGUUGUCAGAGGACGACAAGCCAGAAAGUUCAGCUGCUGAGGGCUUUGACAUGGCUGGGUCUUCAGUUUUCUCAAAGCCUACUACUAGCCUGACCCAGGGACCAGUUAAAGAAACUCUGGAAAGUGCCCUGCUUGCCCUGCACUCUGAAAAACCCAAGAAGUUACGGUUCCAUCCAAAGCAGUUGUACUUCUCUGCAAGGCAAGGAGAGCUGCAAAAGGUCCUGCUUAUGUUGGUGGAUGGAAUUGACCCUAAUUUUAAAAUGGAGCAUCAGAGUAAGAGAACCCCUCUCCAUGCUGCUGCCGAGUCUGGCCACGUGGACAUCUGCCACAUGCUGAUUCAGGCUGGUGCUAAUAUAGACACCUGCUCUGAAGACCAGAGGACCCCACUGAUGGAAGCAGCAGAAAACAACCAUCUGGAAACUGUGAAAUACCUUAUCAAGGCUGGAGCACUAGUAGAUCCCAAGGACGCAGAGGGCUCCACGUGUCUGCACUUGGCUGCCAAGAAGGGACACUACGACGUGGUUCAGUACCUCCUCUCCAAUGGGAAGAUGGAUGUCAACUGCCAGGAUGAUGGGGGCUGGACACCGAUGAUCUGGGCCACGGAGUACAAGCAUAUUGAGCUGGUGAAGCUGCUGCUUGCAAAGGGGUCAGACAUCAAUAUCCGAGACAAUGAGGAAAACAUUUGUUUGCACUGGGCUGCUUUUUCUGGCUGUGUUGACAUAGCAGAGAUACUGCUGGCUGCUAAAUGUGAUUUACAUGCAGUGAAUAUUCAUGGGGACUCCCCCCUGCACAUUGCAGCCAGAGAGAACCGCUACGAGUGUGUCGUGCUCUUUCUUUCCCGUGGCUCGGAUGUCACUUUAAAGAAUAAGGAGGGUGAGACUCCACUGCAGUGUGCCAGCCUUAACUCUCAGGUCUGGGUGGCCCUACAGAUGAACAAGACUCUCAAAGAAUCAUCUAAUCAUAAGCCUACCCAGAUGGAGAAGGUCCUGAGCAGAGACAUCGCCCGGGGUUACGAGCGGGUCCCCAUUCCUUGUGUCAACUCAGUGGACAGUGAACCUUGUCCCAGCAACUACAAAUACCUGUCCCAGAGCUGUGUCACCUCCCCAAUGGACAUUGACAGGAACAUCACCCAUUUACAGUACUGUGUGUGUAUAGAUGACUGCUCCUCCAGCAACUGCAUGUGUGGGCAGCUCAGCAUGCGCUGCUGGUACGACAAGGAUGGCCGACUCCUGCCUGAGUUUAACAUGGUUGACCCUCCGCUGAUCUUUGAGUGCAACCACGCGUGCUCGUGCUGGAGAACCUGCAGGAACCGCGUGGUGCAGAACGGGCUCAGGAUCCGGCUGCAGCUCUUCCGGACGCAGAGGAUGGGCUGGGGCGUGAGGACGAUGCAGGACAUCCCCGCGGGAACCUUUGUGUGCGAGUACGUUGGUGAGCUGAUAUCCGACGCUGAGGCAGAGCUCCGUGAGGAAGACUCCUACCUCUUCGACCUUGACAACAAGGAUGGGGACGUGUACUGCUUAGAUGCCCGUUUCUAUGGCAACAUCAGCCGCUUCAUCAACCACUUCUGUGAGCCCAACGUCUUCCCGGCGCGAAUCUUCACCUCGCAUCAGGACCUUCGCUUCCCCAGGAUCGCCUUCUUCAGCACGAGGGACAUCAAAGCUGGAGAGGAGCUCGGCUUUGACUACAAAGACGGGUUCUGGAACAUCAAAGGCAAAUACUUCAGCUGCAAGUGUGGUUCACCCAAGUGCAAAUACACGAGCUCAGCCCUGGCCAAGCGGCGGGCACACGCCUCGCCCCGGGACACGAAGGAGAACGGGCUCCCCGACACCAGCUCUGCGGCGCCGGCCCCGCACCGCAGGCACUGACUCCUGGGAAGCCCCGAGAGAUUCACACACUGGCUCCAGUUUGCAUUUUAAGAGAGAGAAAACAGACAGACAAACAAACAACAAACCCACCCACCACACACACACACACAAACACACACACACACACACACACACACACAAGACAUAACAAACAGGGACGAAAGGCUGGAUGUGGCUGUGAGGAAAGCCAAAGGCUCUGUUGAGGGCUGUGCCACCGACUGUUACCUGAGGAAUAAGUAGAAGCAAAUCCUGCCUCCGUGGUGUUGUUCCCCCCUCCCUGGGCCUGGGGAGCUGCUGGGGCUCACAGCUGUGUGUGGAGGGGCAGCCAGCCCCGUGUGAGCCGCCCUGGCGUCCGUGCGGGCAGAGCCAGGGCAGAGGCGCCCGCCGGGGCCUGCGUGGGUCGCUCGUGCCAACUCAUCUCCAGUUCACUCGUAAUAAACUUGGAAUACUUGAUGGGACUUUGUUUCUCCAAGCCAGGGGGAGCGGGGAGGGGAGGGGGCUGCUGCCUUUGGCUCUGCUGGGCACAGUUCUGCCGGUUGCUUUGUGUUGGUUUGGUUGCUCGCUUGGGUUUUGAUCCCGUGGAUUUCUGAGGGACGCCUGAGGAGCCACAGGCCGUUGCUAACACACCCUCCCUCCUCACCAAAAACCCACAGGGCUCGUUUUUUUUCUCUUCUGAUGAGAACAACACCCUGGUCCUUCCACCCCUUUGCUCCUGGGCUCUCCCCUCAGCUCCCCCAUUCCCUCGGGCCUUUCAGCAGCUCCUGGAGCAGCGCAGGACUCCCCUCACCCCGCCGGGGGAAGGGGGUUGGACAAGACACUAAACCAAAAGGAAUCAGCUGGUUUUUCAUUGUUUAAGAGAGAAGGUGGAUGAUGUGUAUUGCAGAGCAGCUGGGCUGUGGGGCAGGCCAGGAGCCAGCAGCUCCCACCGCUGCUUCGUUCCACCGCCGCGCCGGGCACCUCGGGUUCAGUUUGUAAAGCCAACACACGAUGAGGUUGCAAGAAGCUGAUUGAGUUUCAACCCAAGCACUGGGGACUGGCAUUGACAGAAGGACACACACACAAAAAAAAAAAGGAAAAAAAAAGAGGAAAAAGACCAAAAAAACCCACAAAAAAAGAACCUGAACAGCAACAAAAGGCAAAACGGCAGCAAAGCGAAACCACGACACUCGGUGCUGAUUCUGGGGUGAUUUUUUUUUGCUCACCACGUGAAUAUAAACUAUCAAUUGUGUACAAAACAAAGAAGAACAAAGUGAUUUUAGUAUAAAAAAACCAUGCAGGAAAAAGAAAAAAACAAAAAAAAAAGAGCCUUUUUUAACUUGUUAGUCUGGUAGUGUGAAUAAACCGCCGUCACCUUUGUGUGGUGGCUGCGCAGGUCACUCCCUUCCUCGGGGUUGGUUUUUGGGUUGUUUUGGUUGGGGUUGGUUUCUUUUUUUUGGCAUAUACCUUUCCAUACUGUAAUUAGUGCAGUAACAAGUCUUUUUUUUUUUUUGUUGUUCAUCUCCUAGAGCAUCCAUCAUGCCCCUCAUGGUUAUUAUUAUUAUUAUUUGUUGUUUCUGUUGAUGUUUUUUGACAGUUUUCCAGGAGCAGCCUUUUGGCUCGGAGCAUUUUCUUGUUCUGUUUUCAAUGAAAUCAAUAAAAAAAAGAAC